AUGACCGACACCGUGGUCAGCAACAGCUCCAGCCGUUGGAUGUGCCCCAGUGACCGGCCCCUUCCAUCCAAUGAUAAAGAACAGCUCCAGGCAGGCUGGUCCGUCCACCCCAGCGGUCAGCAUGACAGGCAGAGGAAGCAGGAAGAGCUGACGGACGAGGAGAAGGAAAUCAUCAACAGGGUGAUCGCACGAGCCGAGAAAAUGGAGGAGAUGGAGCAGGAGCGGAUCGGGCGCCUGGUGGACCGCCUGGAGAACAUGAAGAAGAGCGUGGCUGGGGAUGGGGUGAACCGCUGCAUUCUAUGUGGGGAGCAACUGGGCAUGCUGGGCUCUGCCUGUGUCGUGUGUGAGGACUGUAAGAAGAAUGUCUGCACCAAAUGUGGGGUGGAGACCUCCAACAACCGCCCGCAUCCUGUGUGGCUCUGUAAAAUCUGCAUCGAGCAGAGAGAGGUGUGGAAGCGUUCUGGAGCAUGGUUCUUCAAAGGCUUCCCCAAACAGGUCCUCCCACAGCCUAUGCCUAUAAAGAAGACCAAACCCCAGCAGCCUGCCAGCGACCCUGCCGCGCCUGAGCAGCCCACCCCCGAGCCCAAGCCCUCUGCCCGUGCUCCAGCUCGAGGUAGGACAAGGCAAGAUCUCCUUUCACCGGGACUUGAACCGGCACCCAUAUCGGAUGUCACCUCUGCUCCUGGGCGAGGAAGCUACGGGCCUCCUGCACGCAGGGCCUCGGAGGCGCGGAUGAGCCCGUGCGGCCGGGAAGCAGGACAGCUCGGGGGGGCCGGGGAUGCCAGCCGGAGCCCAGCAGGUGAUAAGGGUUUGAGACGAGCCAACUCCGUGCAGGCCUCCAGACCCUCCCCGGCCUCCCUGCAGAGCCCAGCGCCUCCUCAGCUUGGGCAGCCAGGUACCUUCCACCACCUGCCCCCACCCCCCCGCCUGCCCACACUGCCACUCGAGGUGGCGCCGAGUGACCCUGGCUCUACAGGGGCCCCUGCCCCACCCCGGGAGGAGAGAAUAGGAGGAGCUGGGGGCUUCUCAGCGGUCGCAACCAGGGAGGACCGGGCGGCCCACCCACCCGGCCCCUUUUCCCAAGCCUCUGCUGCUGCCCCCCAGCCUGCCGCGGCCCCUCCCCGCCAGCCACCACCCCUGGAGGAGGAGGAAGAGGAAGCCAACAGUUACGAUUCGGAUGAAGCAACCACCCUGGGGGCCCUGGAGUUCAGCUUGCUGUACGACCAGGACAACAGCUCCCUGCACUGCACCAUCAUCAAGGCCAAGGGGCUGAAGCCCAUGGAUUCCAAUGGCUUGGCUGAUCCCUACGUGAAGCUGCACCUCCUGCCAGGAGCCAGCAAGUCUAACAAGCUGCGGACAAAAACGCUGCGUAACACACGAAACCCUGUGUGGAACGAGACGCUGGUCUACCACGGCAUCACCGAGGAGGACGUGCAGAGGAAGACCCUCAGGAUCUCCGUCUGUGACGAGGACAAAUUUGGCCAUAAUGAGUUCAUCGGUGAGACGAGAUUCUCCCUCAAGAAGCUGAAGCCCAACCAGAGGAAGAAUUUCAACAUCUGUCUGGAGCGGGUGAUCCCCAUGAAGCGCGCUGGGACCACCGGGUCGGCCCGCGGCAUGGCCCUGUACGAGGAGGAGCAGGUGGAGCGUGUUGGGGACAUAGAGGAGCGUGGCAAGAUCCUGGUGUCCCUCAUGUACAGCACUCAGCAGGGAGGCCUCAUCGUGGGCAUCAUACGCUGUGUGCACCUGGCGGCCAUGGAUGCCAACGGCUACUCAGACCCGUUCGUCAAGCUCUGGCUGAAACCCGACAUGGGAAAGAAGGCCAAACACAAGACUCAAAUUAAAAAGAAAACUUUGAAUCCUGAAUUUAAUGAGGAGUUUUUCUACGACAUCAAACACAGUGACCUGGCAAAGAAGUCACUGGACAUCUCGGUCUGGGACUAUGACAUCGGCAAAUCCAACGACUAUAUCGGGGGCUGCCAGCUGGGGAUCUCGGCCAAGGGCGAGCGCCUGAGGCACUGGUACGAGUGUCUGAAGAACAAGGACAAGAAGAUCGAGCGCUGGCACCAGCUACAGAACGAGAACCACGUGGCCAGCGACUAG